AUGAAUUUCCAAUGGGAUGAAUCAACUAAAACUCUCACAGUUAUAUCAAAUGACGAUAAAAUUGAAGGCGUUCAAACAGAACAUAAGACUGAUGCAAUUCACAUCGUUAUUCAAGGACAAGUUAAAAUAUUGGGUGAUCAAAUUUUUACUUCAUAUUCUAAUGUUGAAACAAUCGAAUUGCCAGAUUCUAUUGAAGAGUUCGGGAAUAAUAUUAUCACAUUUUCAAAAAUUAAAGAAAUUCACAUCCCAUUAAAUCUUAAAAUAUAUCAUAGCAAUGGACCACUCGAAUAUAACUUUAAACUCGAAAAAUAUACAAUUGAUGAGAACCAACAAAAUUUUAGAGUUGUUGAUGGAGUUUUAUAUUCAAAAGAUAUGACCAAAUUAGUCAACAUACCUCCAAAUUACCAAUCAAAGAUAUUUACAAUCCCUUUUGGUGUAACUUCUAUAAUUUUAUCAUCCGUUGACUACUUGCAAAAUAUUGAACAGUUAAUUGUUCCUCAAACAGUAAAUUAUAUAUAUGGCAUGCUAUUUCGCCCUAAAGUAAUCAAAAAACUAAUCAUUUAUAGGAAUGAGAGCAUGAACGAUCAAAUUACUUGGGUGAACACAUAUGAUUUCAAUUUUAGAGAUUCACCCAUUCAACAGAAAGAUAUUAUUUAUACAAAUUCAAGUUUGUAUGCAACAUAUUAUAAAGAAAAUAAAACAGUUGUCAUAUCUUCAACUGAUGAGAAUAAUAGAUACGAAUAUCAAGAUGAAAUACUUAGUUUGGAUACAAGUAUAACUACAAUCAUAUAUCCUAAAUCUGUAUCAAAGAUAUCAUCUUCUUCUUUCAAAACUCUUAGUCACAAUCAAUUCACUGUUGAAGACUUCACAAACUACACUACAAUUUCUAUCUAUAACUUCAAAUACACAUUCCUGUGUCAUCAAUAUUUCUCUUUACCCUCUUUACUUAUUUCUUCCUUAUUUUUAAUGUUGUUAUAG